AGAACAAGCGAAGAACGUUUGUUGCAGCACUGAGUCUUGACCCCCAACCCCGCAAAAAAGAAAAACUGAUACUAGAUGAAAUCUGUAUCGAUUCAGCUUUUUUUUUUCACUGAAAACUGAGUAAAUUGAAAAAAAGUUGAACCCUUUUUUUUAGAGAAGUGGCGGAUGAUGUCUAAUGAGAGGCACGCUUCUUCCAAUCCUACAUCUCCUCAAGAAAAUGAUGCUAUGUUCCUUGAUAUACUUCAUGAAGCUCCAUUAUUUGGUCACCGGAAACCAAGGAGUAUAGUUGGGGGUGUUUUUUAUUGUUUCAUACUGGCGGGUUACGCAAUCUUGGCUGCAGCAGCUCCUUGGAUAUUUCAGCCUCUUGGGCAUUUAGUCUUACCAUUGCUUUGCAGUUGUGAUGUUGUUCUUUUAAUAGUCACAGGCAUUUUUCAGCAAUACCAUGUUUAUCAAGUCCAGAAGAUACGUUUACAAGGUUACUAUAGUUUCAGUCAGAAGUUGAAGCAUAUUGUUCGUCUACCAUUCGCCAUUACUGCUUAUGGAACUGCUGGAAUGAUACUUGUCAUGGUCUGGGAACCCUAUAUUCGUAUCCUUUCUACCUCUACUAUACUCAGGAUUAUUAUGUUGGUUGAAGCAGUAUGUUCUGGGUUCUUUAUGAGUGUGUAUAUCGGUUACGUAUAUCAGUACAAUUCAUUGGAUUCUCAGCCUGAUGUUUUGAAGUCAUUAUAUUCUCCCCUUCAACCAUCAAGUCCUUUGGAAGAUUUGAGGUAUCAUGACGGUGGUCGACUCUCUGAUCAGCAAAUGGCUUUACUGCAGUAUCAGCGUGAAAACCUUCAUUUUCUAAGUGAGGAGAUUCUUCGAUUGCAAGAGUGCUUGAGCAAAUACGAAGGAUCUAAUGAUGGAAGCACACCUCAGGUUGAUCUUGCCCAUCUAUUAGCAGCUCGUGAUCAAGAAUUACGAACAGUUUCAGCUGAGAUGAAUCAGCUGCAGUCCGAACUAAGACUUGCUCGAUCUUUAAUAGCUGACACAGAAGCAGAGGUCCAAUGCGUUCGAACAACUAACAAUCAGUAUGUCGAAGAGAAUGAAAGACUGAGAGCUAUUCUAGGAGAAUGGAGCACUCGAGCUGCAAAGCUCGAGCGAGCAUUGGAAGUUGAGCGGAUGUCGAACCUCGAAUUACAGAAGAAGAUUUCAACAUUUAGAAACCAAACAUGUACAUCUUCAACUGAAUCAAGCGAGCAGCGUGGAGCCUAAAUUUACUCCUUCCACACCAGUAUGUAUAGACAAAUCCCAACACUUUUGGAGUGGAAUUAGCUUUUUUUUUUUUUUUUUUGUUCUAUGCUUAAAUGAAGAAUUCAAGACGUUUUUAGAAUAAGACCAAUCUUAUAUCAGUAAAUUACACCAUUAUGGGUAAGUUUCGUUUUGAUUAUUUAAGUAAAAAAGUUACAAUUUAGUCCCAAUUUAAUAAGUUUAUCUUACAACAUUUGUGUAAA